GUGUAUGGGACUAGGUAAUGUCUUUAUCUGAAAAACUCUCAGUCUGUUUGUAUCUACAGGUUUCUCCGUGACACGUGAAGAAUAACUACAAAAAGUCUCUAGAUUAAAAAUUGGCAUAGAUUAAAAUUUUAAGUAAAUAAUAUAUACUGAACUUUCUUUAAAAAAUUUCAUCUCUUAGUUUAAAAACCCCUCUGGAAGAUUGAAAUGUUUUACAUGGAUUUUCUCAAGUGAAAAUAGUGGCAGCAGGCCUUCCUGAGAAAAGAUUAGCGAUAUGAGGAGUUGUUUGUGAAGUUAUUCGAAAUAUGAUAUCUAGCUUCGCAUCUCAAUAGGAAAAUUGUAUAGGAAAGUCGAUCGACGAUAUGUGAUUUGCCUAGAUAAUGACCGUAAGAAAAUCGAUGAUAACGAUGCCAUAUAGAUUUUGCCAAAACAAAGGAUUAUCGGGAGACGGUAUGGUUUUUACACUACCCUGAAAGACCCCUGGAAAGUUGUCCUCAUUUCCUGUGAAAUUUCGUGUGGUAAGGACCAGAGAAGCGUUCGCCCUGCAAUCGAAGGAUUUGAAAAUGAAAUUAAUCCCGAGAAAAUCAAGAAUCAUAUUGAUAACUGUGAUAAUAGGGGAAUAAAUAAGUUUUGUAGCUAGAUAUAAGGUCAAGGGAAAAUUAAAUUCUCAAAGCAAAAGAUUUUGAAAAAGCUCUUUUGUUUUGAAAAUAAUAGGAGGGCCAUGAUGUAUAAAAAAUGAGUUUCAAUUUGAGAUUGUGUAUCAGUGACAUACUAUUGUAUUUUUUCAUCAUCAUGAUUUAUGCUUUUUUAUUUAUAGACUGUCAUUUCUUUUCAGUUCCUGUUUCAUUGCCUGAGCUUGAACAGUGGAGGAUAGUCAAAAAUGGCACUGAUCCUUCAGUUUACAAUAUGUGGAGUCUGAAGACAGAUAAGACCGGGUUCGUUGCUUGUGAAACAAGUAAUGGUGUCGUAGAUGGUAAUGUUAGAACACCAUUUAUCACUACAAAUCCAGCAAAACAGAUAACCCUCAGAGUUACUUAUACUUUUAACUGCUGCUCAGCCAAAUUGUCCAUUGGUGUCUAUGUCCUUUUGGGCUCUGGUGAAACAUCUGCGCCCAGUGCUCAAAGCUUCAAGUACAUUUCUGCUUUAAAGAAUACCUCAUCAAUGAAUCCUUCAUCUAGAGCACAGUUUACAUCAGCUAUUACCAUUGGAAUGGAAGGAAGGACUGGACUUUUUAUUGCUUUUAGAGAUCAAGGAAUUUGUGGAAGCCUUGAUUCAUUUCAUCUUAGUUACAUUGAAUGUCCAAGCUCAGCAGGGGAAUUAAUGUCAUUUCCACUUAGAACUGCAGCUCCAAACAGCACAGUUUCAGUCCGAAAGGUGCUUGGAACAUGCUUUACCAAUGCUGAUGUCCAAAUUUCACAAGCAGCCAAUUACAUGUUUUGUUAUACAAAUGGUUCCACCAAGGUGAAUGGUGGCUGUCAUUGCAAAGCUGGAUAUGAAAAUCAUUUCUUUACCAGUUGCCAUGAAUGUCCCGCAAAGAGUUUCAAAAGUGCUGCUGGCAACUUUAAUUGCACCAGAUGUGGUGCAAAUGUUGAGGACGAAAUGAAGCCAAGGACAACACCUUGUAAAUGCAACAAUGGAUAUUACAGGCCACUUCGAUCUAAAAGUAUUCCAACUGUCGACUGUGAAGCGCCACCAUCUGCUCCAAAUGUCGUUAGGGCAAAACAGAUUGGAUCAAAGUGGAUCUUAUUAGAAUGGACGGUCCCCAUGAACCAAGGGACUGGAGACAAACUGAAAUACAUGAUAAGAGCAAGCUGUACUAAAUGUAAAAUUCCACCGGACUUUACAACAUCUAACCGUUCUCUCAAUGUCACUGGGCUGAGCGCCUACACACGAUAUGACGUCAGAGUCUAUUCUAUCAACAAUGUCACUGCUGCCAUCGGCUUCGACAAAGCUCAGUACAACAGCACUUCAGUUUUGACUGGAUCAGGAUUGCCCUCGGAGGUUCAGAAUCUUGCCAAAAGGACAAACUCUGAUGCAUCAGUGACAAUUUUCUGGAACGAGCCAUUGACCAAGGGUGGUGAUGAUCUGCAAUAUUUUAUCACUGUUAAUGAUGAAAAGGGAAUGUUUACCACCAAAAUGAAAUACACUGUUAAACAAGAUCUAGAAACGAAGAAGUACACUGUGUCUGUAAAGUCACACACGAGCGCUGGAUUUUCCAAAGAAGAAGUUAUCGUAUUUGAAAUUAAAGGAAAAGGUAUUUCACUGACUUUGGUCAUUGCUGUCGUAGUCACAUUGUUUGUUUUACUCUUGAUUGCUAUCGCUUUCAUCGUAUACUUUUACAGAAGGGGACAUCCAAAGCAUCUCCAAACUGUUCGACUUGAAAACGGGGAAGUGAUUCUACCAAGAGGAAAAGGCGUUCAGAAUUUCGUUAAUCUGACCUAUCAAGAUUUGGAGGACGUUGUGCAACAGUUUGCUAACGAAUUGGACCGCGGCUGGAUCAAGCUAGAGCGUUUGAUUGGUGGAGGUGAAUUUGGUGAUGUGUACAAAGGAACUAUGGAAAAACCUUCCGAAAAAGCACAAAUUGUCGCCGUUAAGACACUCAAGUCAAAUGCAAAUAAGAAAGCAAGAGAUGACUUUUUGGGAGAAGCAAUGUAUAUGGGACAAUUUGAUGACCCAAAUGUCAUACAUCUCGAGGGUGUGGUCGUUAAAGACCUUCCCAUAUUGAUUGUCAUGGAAUUCAUGAGCAAUGGAUCGCUUCAAUCCUUUCUACAAAAAAACGAUGAUCAAUUUACUCCACUCCAGUUACUAGGAAUGGCAAGGGGUGUGGCUUCUGGAAUGACGUAUCUGUCUGAAAAGAGCUACAUCCACAGGGAUUUGGCAGCCAGAAAUAUUUUAGUAAAUGAUGACAUGGUUUGCAAGGUUGCUGAUUUUGGAAUGAGCAGAGAAUUGAGCAAGGAAGAUACAUAUGACACAACGGGUGGUAAGAUCCCUGUCAAAUGGACAGCACCGGAAGCAGUCCAACUUAAGAAAUUCACUAUUGCUUCGGAUGUUUGGAGUUAUGGUAUCCUGCUUUGGGAGGUAAUGUGUUACGGAGAAAGGCCAUAUUGGAACUGGGGCAAUAAUGAGGUGCUUGAACGUCUGGCUUCUGGCUUCAGACUCCCUCCGCCAAUGAGCUGCCCUAAAGUUGUGCACGAUCUUAUGUUAUCUUGCUGGCACAAAGAUCGCGUGAAAAGACCCAAAUUUAAGGACAUUCGUGGCACGAUUGAUAAGUGGAUCCAAUGUCCGGAGUUGCUGACACACGAGAAAUCGAUUGUGAUACGGCGAUCUGAUUUCUAAUGUCAUGGAAGUAUCUUGAAGUGACAACAAAAAGAAAUUGGCCAAAGUGUGUCCAUAGAAAUUACAAAGUGACAACUUUCCAACAGAGAAUUCAUUCCGUAUUGAUACACAAUGAAUCCUUGCGUCCUAGAAAAUGUGCGGCUCUCGAAUUUAGGUGGCUCUGGUACCCAGGAUACUUUUUGCUUGUAUACUCAGGCUAUUCCUUCUAAGCAAUGAUGAUUUUAUUUCUCUUUCUAAAAGGUUGCAGUUGUUAACUUUGGUGACUUGUAGACAGUUCUGCCCUGGUCGUGUCGCUUGCUUCUCAGUAUAUCUCAGUACAUAUCUUAUUCUACUUUCACUAAGAUCUAUUUAUGGUUUAAAGAGAGCUGAAAAUUUCAAUUCUCUCUGAGUUUCCUCUCAAUUCAAAAUUCCUUUCUCUAGUUCCUUUAAAUGCAUUUGUGUUCUGUUUCCUUUCGGCUGCCGUUGCGAAUUCCAAGACUUCCUGGACUGUAUAUUGCACCAUCGCAGACGUGAUUUUGAUUUAUUACAACCAUUUGGAUAUGCAAAUCUUCCAAACAACGAUCUAAUGCAGAUUUUUUGUAUGGUGAUAAAAACUUUUUUGACGAAUUCAAUAGAAAUUUACUUCUCCUCACUCUCCAAUUCAUUCAUAAAUCUGACCGAUUUGAUUAAACCAACUUCAUUGUAGACCAACAAACGCAGCCAUUUGGUCCUAUUUGAAGUAAAGUCCCGUUUGGCCCUAUUCUGUUUUGUUUUAACUUUUUAUUUUCGCAAACUGUUUGAGACAGUCAAUUGUAGUUUUAUGUAAUGGCCCUGCAGUAGCCACAGCCUUCUGCUUCCUAUAGUGGCGUUCCCUGUAUUGUAGUAAAGUAAUUUUUGGUAGUAGCGUAGUUUGUAGUAUGUAUUGUAACUUUUUAGUGGAACCUUAUAAAAAUUGUGUCCGUAUUAUUUUAUUUAUUAAAUGAGAGAAUUACCAUGCAAAAAAAGUUAAUGGAUAAACUGAAUACGCUAACGUUACAUAGAAUGACUUUGGCAUUCUCUUGUUCUUACAGACACCGGGGAGCAGAAGGGGGAGGCUUUGCUAUCUUUUGGACCCCCCUCUUUUGUCAACGCUCUGCGGUGCCUGUUUUAGGGAGAAAUGUUUGUUUUUUCUUCGUUCUUUAAAUUUUUAAAGUCCUGAUUUUUAAAGAUACUGAUUUUUUCAUAAAAUUCAGUUUCUUUAAAGAAAUUUUGAAGAUGGCCAACGAAGCAACUUAGAAACGUGAAGAGGGAAAUUCCUUGACUUUUUUGACUGUUGCUCUCGUUUCGAUAGUUCUCAACCCUUUUUAUAAUUGAAAGGCCCUUAUAGCUUUGCUCACUUUUUCAUUAGAACUUAUAAUAAGAACAAGAAGAUAUGCAAGAACAUGUUCUCUCCAGAAACAUCUUUACGAUAAAUUUGAACGAAAAUGAUAACGGUAAAAAUUGAUACUACUUUACUAAAAUUGGUUGUAAUGGAACAAUAGAUGGUGGGCGCAUUAAGAGACCUCUGAAAACUUUCACCUUUAACAAAAAUAUACAGAUGCUGAUUUAAGAGGUUGAAAAAUACAGUAUUAAGCUAAUAGGUAACUGUUAUACAACUAGUUUUGUCUGUCGUGAAUCGUAAUUGUGGUUCGUUAUCGUUAAUGAGGAUGUCUUUCGAUGUUUGCGUCAGUCCAUUUGUUUGUCAUCGUGCCAUUGUUAUUUUAGUUGUUUUUAGUCAUUUGCCAUUAAUUUGUGUCAUUAGGGCUUUGUGUGCGUCACUCAUGUUGUUAAAAGCGUAUGUUCUUUCAGUGUAAGUCGAGUCGAGUCGAAGUUGUCGUUGAAUGAAGUCGUUAUGUUGUAAUCGUUGGUUGCUGCUAAUUUAUACUUUCGCUAUUGAAGAAUCUUGGUUUUAAAAAAAAUACGUUAUUUUACAUAACCCACAUUUGAAAUUUGUAAGCUAGAUAUUUUUCCUAAUCUAUUUACAUCUUGCAAAAGAGUUUAUUAUGUCUUUUAGCUGAUUUUCAUAACAGGUUUUAAUCUCAUGGCAGCAAAUUUAAGAGAGGGGAGGGAUGACCAACAUUCUAAAAGCCAAAAGGAAUGUAACUCAUUUAUGGGUUUGAAGUACUUUUUACCUUCUCCGCAGGGGGGAGCCGUGCUAAAACGUUGGAAGGGGGCUGUGCUGUACAGGCCACGCCCAAAACCACACACACGCUCACUCUCAAUAUAGUUGCGUUUGUGUUAGAGAUUCUCCGUUGUAGGGGUGUUGCAAUCAAAAUAACAAGGAGGGCCUUGCACAAAACGUUGCGAGAAACAAUAGCAAAAGUAGAAAUUGGCUACUGUUCGCCAUUAACAAGGGGGCUCAGCCCCCCGAGCCCCCAUAACACUACACCCCUGAUCUGUUGUGUAUAUCAAAUCGUUCAAAAUGUUAACUGACUUAGAACUACUUAUAGGAAAUUCUUUAUUCACGAAAAGUUAAGAGCAUAGUUAAAAUUUCCAAGUAAAGAAUUCCUCCAACUAAACAAAAACUGGCUUGCGAAGAGAGGGCUGAGCCCCAAGAGUCCCCCUUCAUGGCACCCCUGCUUUUUCUGUAGAGUCUUUUUAUGAGCAUACACCUAUUGUUAACGUAAGGCUUCUUGGACUUUUUCUUGCUUAGUUAGAUACUUCAACUGUAUACUGGAUUGGUAAGGGAUAUAUUGCAGAUUUUGUAAAAAAUAUUAUUUAUACUUCUUGUAGUUCGGUAUCGGUUCAAAAUAAUAAGAAUUUUGAGCUAAAUGUCAUAUUUUUCACGUGCCAUAUCUGAAUUAACUGAUUUUCGCCAUUUGUUAGUAUGAUAAUACCAUUAUAUUUUUAUUUUAAAUCAAAUCAAAUAGAAUUAAAUGUUGUACUACUCGGUGACUCGGUUGUGUUCUUUGUGGCUACAUUCUUUUCCUUAUGUUAGAAUAUUGUUUAUAAGAAUAUUAGGGUCCAGAAUCAUCCCAUUUUUUAGAAUCUCAUUAAAAAUAUUGCUCAACCUCGGCUCCCAUUUUUGUCCUUCAUUCUUCAGCUGCCUGUUUUGUGAUGUUGAUGACAGAGAAUUGCAUGACUCGUAUAUCUCAUUUUCUUCAUAAACCGUGGUUUCUAUGCGGGUAUGAGCGAUGUUACCCUGAAACCAAAUCAGAUUCAUUCAUUGGGUUCGGUGACAAGUUGUGAUUUUUACAAAAAUAAAAAUAAAACUUCCGAAAAAGAAGAGAGAAGAAAAGAGAGUUAGUACAUGAAGUUGGGAUCUUUCUGCCUUUGGCCCUUUCUGCUACGGCUGGAUCUUCGUGGCUCUUCUUUUUUGGCCUGCCUCCAGAGUGCCCGGUCCUGGGCGUCCUUCGCUGUGCAGUUUUUCUGCGCCAUGUCUUUCGAGACGGUCUGCGCGAUGUUGUGCGCGGGCUGCCCCCUUCGUCUCUUCUUGCCCUUGGCAGUUUCCUCGUACAUCUCCAUCGCCGCGCGGGCGGGGCCCCCGUGUCGCAGGGUAUGCCCGACGAAAGCCCAUCUUUGCCGGUCCACCUCUGUCGACACUUUCUCCACACCCGCGCGACGAUACACUUCGUCGUUAGGCAGCUUUGCUGGGUAGAAAACACGUAGCACUCUCCGCAGGAGCCUUCUGUGGCAGGCGUCCAGCGCGUCGCGAUCUGCCUCACCGAGGUCCCAUGUUUGGCAAUUGUACAGUAGGACCGGCUUCACGUACACGUUGAAGGCUCGGAUUCUUGUGCUCGCAGCGAGCUUUUCAUUUGUCAGCACGUGGUGGUGAUGCGAGAAAGCGGCUUGUGCCAUUUGUUUUCUGUUCUUCAUCUCUUUCAUGAUAUCAGUGAAGGAGCCGAGGAUCUUGAUUUGAUCAUUUCUUUCCUUGUCUAUCUUGUGUCUCUCCGUCUUCUGCGCGUUGACCACCAAGUCGAAACGUCCGAGAACCUGGGCCGCCUUCGUUUCGAUGUCGUCAAUGAUUCGCGGGUCUUUCGAGAUGAAGUUUGUGUCGUCAACCUCUUCGAACUUGGGAACCGAUUUGAAAUCAGAUUUGAAAGAAUAAUACUUUAAGAAUACAUUCAGGCUAAAAGCGAACAUUUCUAGGGAUUAUCGAGGCUGGAAAAAAAUUAAUACACAUUCUUUUAUAAGAACACUUGGCUCCAGUGUCAGCCUGUUGCCUCUUAUUUUUUCACAUAAAUUUAGCCUAAUGUGUUUCUUAUUUUGUUUCUUAUUUUUUAAAGGAAUUUCCUGUGCAUAGUAGUGUCUGGACAUGGCAUGUGUUUGAUAAAGUAAUUGAUGCUAUUUUACCUAUCACUUUCUAAUUUUCUGUUUCUUUUUCUUCAUUUUUCAAUUUUCGCUGUUGUUUUAUCUCUUGUUUUUUGUUUAAUUUCAGCUUGUCUUGUUUGUUAUGUUGUCCUUAAUUUUCGGGCAAAUCUCAGCCUGGUAUUUUUUAUAAGAGUAAGAGUUGUUCUUGUAUAAAAAGCGUGUAUUGCAUAAACUUAAAACUUUUAUGAUACCUUCUUAGGAUGUGUUCUUUAAUGAACAACAAUUAGAAUUUUCAUUAGUUAUUUUCUUUUCACUUAACUUUGGUGACAAAGUUUGCAUUUUUGAUAGAGGGCAAAAUGAAUUUAGGAGCAGUUUUGGUCCCAUGUAUCUUUGAAGUCGCGUAGCAAUUUUAAAGCCAUUUAAAGUCUUGAGUGAAAAACAAGCUGAAAAGUCUUUCAAAUUGUAGAGCAAGAAUUUCUUGACCAUUUUAACGUUGUGUUAGCUCAUCAAAAAAAUGUUAUGCGAACUUUACGUGUCAGGAUGCGUGUUCUGGGGGAGGGGGUGGGGAGGUUAAAUUUUGCAGCUCGGAUUUCUGUCACAGGCAAAGAAAGACUCGUCUAAGCUUAAAGAAUUUGAUGAAGCCGCCUCUAAAGAUUUUACAGAAUCAUGACGAUAAAAGAACGAAUCGGCAAGUGCAAAAGACAAGAAAAUAAAGAUUUUAAGAGUCAGGAGUAGUGUGUUGCCCUCCAUUUGUAGCCAAUGAAGCCUUAACAUGCCUUAAGUCGUUAUAAUCAGCUUUAAUGUUGAUAUUUUGAAAAAGUCCUUUUUAUUCGUUUGAUCGGCAUCAUUAAUGAAUUAUGAACUAAGGUAAGAAAACCCUUCCUUAAUUCACAGAUAUACUCGAUAUACUCGAUGUCGGUAAUUAGAUAUCGACGGGGCU